CCAUUCCGUUGGUCAGUGUGUUAUUUUACAUUGCGAACAUUGCUCACUUUAGUUCAGUUGGCGAACAACCCUUGUGCAAAAACGUUCGUUUUAGUCGAAGCCAAGCACAAAUAUACCACGUUCAAACAGGCUGGCAUGGCAUGCAGACCAUGAACAUGGAACAAAAACAAUAAUAAAACAAAUAAAAACAAACACCCCAAAAGCACUCCUUGGAGUAAAACAAGAAAAGUUUGGAAAAACGAAGAGCACAUAAUCAACAUCAUAGCCAAAGAACAUCUUUUUCUUCGUAUUUGCGAGGCAACGAUUUACAAAAACAUCAAAAUAAAGCAUAAGAAUAGAUGCGAAAACAAAGAAAGCAAAAACGAAAGCGCAUAAGAAAAUAAUUUCGGAUAAUUGCUGUGCUCCUUUUGCAGCCUUCUUCUGCAAGUGUGUGUGUGUGCGCAAAGAGUGUAUUUUGUAGACUUUUUGUCUAUCCUCCAAUAUUUGUUGAGAAGCAAAAACUUAAAAAAAUCUUCUAAAAAGGCUUAAUUGCUUGGGCAACAAGUGCAUGACUGUCGGACUUUAGAUUUUCUAGGAAUUCACACAAAAAGUGUAUGUGUAUGUGUGUGUGGUUUCCUUUAAGAAUUGCAUUGAUUUAGUGGAGUUCGUUUGAUGUCGGUUGCUAGGAUUUCGCGGGCAAUCGAAUAUUUACGCCAAUUCUCAGCUUUUCAUUGAUUUUUGUUUUUGUUUGCCUUCGUUCGUUUCCUUGGCUACUCUUGGCGGUCCCCCAUAGCGUAUGAGUACUAUUUCAUAGACUCCCAAUGAAAGCGAUUUAAUUGAAGACGGGUUAAUUUAUUUUAUUACAAGUUCGAAACAAUUGUGGCCGUCAAACAACCAAGAUGUCAUUCGAUAUACCUUUGGCCGAUCAAAUGCGGAUUGCCGUAAACUACGUCAAGUUCAAAACUAAACAGACACGAUUGCGUUCCGAUGAAAAAGUUAUCGCCCAAACCACAUUUGGCAAAGUAAAAGGCGUCAAAUGGCGCUCUGUGUAUGGACACUGCGAGUACUUCAGUUUUGAGGGUAUACCAUUUGCAAAGCCUCCCGUGGGGGAGUUGCGUUUCAAGGCACCAGUCGAACCCGAACCCUGGUCCGGCAUCAAGCGAUGCACUCACGUGCGUUCGAAGCCAUGCCAAUACAACAUCAUCAUGAAGCAAUGUCAAGGCCAAGAAGACUGUUUGUAUUUAAAUGUCUACACAAAACAGCUGAAUCCCAGCAGACCGAUGCCAGUGAUGGUGUGGAUCUAUGGCGGUGGUUUUCAAAUGGGCGAAGCCUCCCGGGAUCUCUACAGUCCGGACUAUCUUAUGAUGGAAAAUAUUGUUUUGGUUACGAUUGCUUACAGAUUGGGGCCAUUGGGUUUCCUCUGCUUAGACGAUGAAAAAUGUGAAAUACCCGGAAAUGCAGGCCUCAAGGAUCAGGUGCUCGCUUUGCGUUGGGUUAAAAAUAAUUGUCACUUUUUUGGUGGUGACUCUACCAACAUCACAAUCUUUGGCGAGAGUGCAGGUGGAGCAUCUGCCCACUAUCUAAUGUUGAGUAAACAAACCAAAGAUUUAUUCCACAAGGUCGUCGUAAUGUCUGGCAGUGCCAUGGCACCAUGGGCCAAUAUACCCCGCCUAGAUUGGGCCUAUCGGCUGGCCAAGGCCACCGGCUAUAAAGGCGAAAAUACUGACAAAUCUGUUUUGGCCCACUUGCAGAGAGUUAAGCCAAGAAAUAUGUUGAAAGUUUGCGAUAAUCUCCUAACAAUGGAAGAACGUCUGCAGAAACGUUUGAAUUUUAGUUUUGGUCCCUGUGUAGAACCCUACACAACCGAGCAAUGUGUCAUUGCGGCGGAACCUUUGGAACUGCUGCGCAACAAUUGGGGCAAUAAAAUACCUUUGCUGAUUGGUGGCAACUCCUUUGAGGGUCUGCUUAUGUUUCCCGAAGCCAGAAAAUAUCCUGAAUUGCUUAAUCAACUGGGCGAAGGAGAAUGUUUACCGCCCCUCGAUGCAAAUUUAAGUGACGAGAAGCGUUUGGAAUAUGGCCGUAUGCUGAAACAGGUCUAUUUCGGUGAUAAACAACCCUCGUGGGAGACAAUUUUGCAAUACAGUGAUCUUUUUUCGUAUAAAUAUUUUUGGCAUGGUAUCCAUCGCACGCUGUUAGCACGUCGCCAAUAUGCCACGGCACCAACCUAUCUGUAUCGCUUCGAUUUCGACUCGAAACAUUUCAAUUUCAUGCGCAUCAUCACGUGUGGCCGUAAAGUACGUGGCACCUGCCACGCAGAUGAUUUAUCGUAUCUCUUCUACAAUGCGGGAGCGAAAAAACUCAAAUGUCGGACCGCCGAAUACACCACCAUACGACGAAUGACGGCCAUAUUGGCGAAAUUCGCUGAAUGCGGUGACCCCAAUAUACCGUUAACGGAAACAGUGGUCAAUUGGACGACGACGACGACGACGACGUCGAAUGGCAACGAUACGCGCAGUGGCAGUGACAGUGGCAGUGGUAGUCCCACAUCGGCGGGCGGCCUCUCCAGCGAAAGUGACAGCAGCCAGCACGAGACCCCCCUUGCCAACGCCGAUGACAGUGCAACACAGUGUGCCCAUGAUGAAGGCGGCAGCACAAAUGUUCUCGAGCUACAGCAACAAACCAACAACUUUGAGCUGGAGCCCUCCAAUUUCACCCAUUGGCCACCCAUACCAUUGGCGAGUAAUGAGCCAGAAGCCGGCAGUGGCCAUGAUGAUGUUGAGGGUAGCGACGCCACAGCUCCCAUAUUCAAAUGUUUGAAUAUUUCCGAUGAGCUGGAAGUGAUUGAUUUGCCCGAAGGUGAAAAAUUGAAACUCUGGGAUAGCAUGUACGAGGAUAAAUCUCUAUUAUAUUAGUGGGUGGAUGUUUGGGUGAUUGGCUUGUGUGGGUGUGCAUAAGUACACAACCUCAAAAGUGAAGUGGACGCAUUUGUAUUCCCAAAACACCUGUAAAUAUGGCGUGUGUGCGUGUGUGUGUGUGUGUCCGCAGCUAUUCAAUAGCAUACCUCUAUUGCCAGCGCAUGCAUAGCGAAUGAGCUGUGGAGCUGUUAUGUAGCAAGAACUGACCAAGUCCAAGUUUGUCCCAUCAAACAGUUACUGUUUGUCCAUUCUAUUCUAAGGUCGGAUGUGCGAAAUAGGCAACAAAAUUAGCAUUUUUCCUUUAGCAUUUUACCCAUGACUAAUUAAUUGGAGUUGGAGACGUGAAAUUUGUUGUUUUGUCGUUUUGUUCUCAAACAAUUUGAAAACAAACAGGUGAUGUAGGAAACAAUAUCAUCUCAAAAGAAAAGCUUUAAAAUGGGAAAAUUUAUUAUUUUAGUUUAUUUAUAAUUUUUUUUUUUAAAUUUCAUUGAUGUCCAUUCACAGAGUAUUUCUGGAUGAUUUUUUUUAUUCGAAUGGAAUUGUUGAUAUUAUACCCUGAGUACAUGAAAAGUAAAUUUAGGCUAAGCUUUAUUUUUGAAUAUGUUAUUGUAACAGAUAUUAAAUUGAUGAAUAAAAUGUCCAAAUAUG